GUCUGAUAGUCUGAUCUAAAUUGUCGUGUGUCCUGCGAGCGGUAUUUGGCUUUUUCGUGCAAAGCCGAUUUGAUACCAUGCAAAGCUCUGAAUAUCUUUCCGCAGUCAUUUUUUACCUUAACUUUGAGCGUCUUAUGAUGCAUAAAUCAAAGAAUUUGCAUUUUAUUGCCAACUUAUUGAACAAAUGACAUUUUAAAAUAUCUGGCUGACGUCAUUUUCAAGCAACCAAUCCAUUCUUAUUGGUGAAUUUCAUAUUCAAACUCUCCGGCUCUGUUCAAUAGCUGCUCGUGCUUCUCCUCUAUUGCUCUACAUUUUAUGCCAUUAUUAUUUCGUAGGAAGACCCAUUUUGUUAUUUGAGAUAGGAGACGGUGCAAGUAAAAAGAUAUUUGAUAUUUCGUGGAUAUUUCAAUAAGCUCUGCCGGCCCAAUCAUACGAAGCUCGAGUUCGAGGCAGUUCGAUUAGGUAUAGACUCUACAGGGACUCCGACUCAGGCGUGGUACAUGACCCAUGAAUGAUGACAAAGUGGAAUAAAAAGCCAAAGUUCCACAUCAAGACUCCUACUUAUCGUACUGGAGAUCAUGGCUAUGGGCAAUUCAACAGGAGCCUGCACCGGUACAAUGCCGUCCUGGGCUGUUUCGAGGAGGUGCUCCCGGCCGGGAUGUCGUACGGCGCUGAGCCCACCCACGAGGGCGCGGCGCCAAAGAAACCGCGCAUGAAGGUCAUGAUCAAACCGUUCACCAACGAGGCCGGUGAGGUGGUGGCCGUGACGCCGGCGCUGCCGGCGCCCCUGCCGGCGCCGCUGCCCGCCCAGCAGCGCGUGGAGCGCUAUGAGGAGGUGGUCGAGGACAGCGGCGAGGUGGUGGUGCACGUGCCGGACUCGGCCGCCGGACCGGACGGCGUCAUCCGACUGCUGCAGGUCACCAAUGAGGACGGCAGCGUCUCCUACAUCAGCGCCGACCACGCCGAGAUGGACGCGGACUUUUCGAUGGAGGACGCGAUGCAGAUGAUCCUCACGGAGGUGGACGCCGACUCUCGGGACGGACAGUCGGCUGUGGUGCACGACAUUCACGCCCAGCACGCCGCGGAUGACGUGGAACAGGAGGCGCUGGCGGCGCCCAAGGACGAGCCGGGCGACCCGGAUACCGAGCUGCUGGAGCUGUCGAGCGCGUGCUACGUGUGCGGCCAGCGGGCGGCCGAUGGCGGCUCGAUGACGCCGCUGAUGACGGGCCGCAGCCGGCACACGGACGCGCCGCUGGCCGAGCUGCUGGCCGACACGGUGCAACGCGAGCUGACCGUCAGCUCGGCGGACGGCGUGUGCGCCGCCUGUCUGUGUCUGCUCGACAGCUGCGACCUGCCCGACGGGCCGCUCAAAAAGUCGGCGUCUCGUCACGUGCGUAACGUGCUGGCAGUGCGGGUCGGUGACCUGGCCUCGGUGGAUGGAGGUCCGUGGGCUCGCAAACGCAAACGACCCCGUCAGCCGCGGGACGAGGACGACCAAUGGAUGGACCCGGGCGCUGCAGGAGACACCGACUGGACUCCCGGGAUGGAAAUGAAGGGCCAGCGGCGGGGGCCGCGCAAGUCCCGCGACGCACGCCCGUGGUCGCCGACCCCCGAGGAACCCAGGUUGGAGCACCUCACGGACCUCACCAUGCCCUCGGAGAACAAGCGCUCGGCGCGCAUCGCCAUCAGAAAGAACGCGUUUGUGGCGAGCGCCGUGCACGCUUCGAACCGGCCGCGCGUGCUGGUGGAUCCGGAGCUGCAAAGUAAAUACCUGGCCGACCCGCCACCGCAGCGCCGUCCGUACCGCCGGCUGAACCCGAACCCUCUGAAGGGCCGGCGAGGCCGACCCAAGCUGCCCAACCCGCCCGAGAACGAGCCGAUGAACGUGGUGACGGUGGACUCUGAGGCCACAGAGAAGCCGCCGGACGUGGAGCUGGUCACCGCUGCAGCAGCCGAGCCUCCCCAGUCGCCCGUGGAGCCGGCUGGGGCGGCCAGUCUACCGGCGAGGGACGACCAGCAGUCCAUACUCACAGAGCCGGGAGAGACGACCGGCGCCAGCAGAGGCGGUGAAGACGACCCGGUUCUGGCUGAUGAGAGUGCCGACGGCAAGGGAGACGACCAUGCACUAUCACCCACCAAACAAGAGACGGAGAAGGGAGAGACGACGGACGGCGAGCGGGAAGACCCGACAGGGGAGCAGUCCGAACCGGAGCAGAUCUACGUGGACCUGCACGAACUCCAGGAGACGGAGGAGGAGACGGAGAUGGAAGGGGAGGACGCAGAGGAGACGAUGGGGGACGGAGACGAGGAGUGGAAGCCCACGCCGGGCUGCACGUGCGUCAUGUGCACCGAGCUGACGGACGUCGAGCGGGCCAUCCUGGACGCCGAGGGCUUCAACACCACCUACGUGUGCCAGGUGUGCGGCGACGAACUGGUCGGACGCGACCGGUACCGGCGACACGAGUACAGCUGCCGGCACAGACGCAAGAAGCGCCGCCGUCCGCCCAUCGUCCACGAGUGUAACACCUGUCACCUGGUGUUCAAGUCGGCCCGGCUGAGGGAUGAGCACUACGAGCGCUCCGGCCACGAGAAGCGCAGCCCCUGCCCCGUCUGCCACAAGUUUUUCCACCCGGACUUUCUGCGCAUCCACCUGAGCAGUCACAGCGGCGCCUUCUACUGCCGCGUCUGUGACACCCACUUCAGCUCCAAGGCCACCCUCAAGGGCCACAUGAACAUCCACAGCGGCACCAAGCCGCACCGCUGUGACGUCUGUCCGGCCGCCUUCCGCACACCGUCGACGCUGUUCAUGCACAAACGCUACCACCAUUCCGAUGAUCGGCCGUACGAGUGCAACUUCUGCCCGAAGAGGUUCGCGGCGCGCUCCACGCUGAGAAUUCACCUCCGUCAGCACACCGGCGAGCGGCCGUUCGCGUGUAAACUCUGCCCCAAAUCGUACACCCGCAAGAGUUCGCUGACACAGCACCUUCGCUCGCACACUCAGGAGCGGCGACACGCAUGUAUGACGUGCGGAAAACGCUUCGACAACAAGACCUACCUCAAAGUGCACAUGAACCGUCACCUGGGGAUCCGCGCACAUGCGUGCGGCCGCUGCGGACGCAGCUUCUUCAGUCGGCCGAACCUGCUGAAGCACAUGCAGGUGCUGUGUUACAAGGAGGACUACGGUAAGCCGGCGGAGGAGCAGGAGCGGCGGACGCGCGAGCUGCGCGCCGCCGCUGAGCAGCAGCUGGCGCAGGCCGGUCAGCAGGCGGCCGUGGACGGCGACCAGGCCGGUCUGGACGAUCAGGGACAGCUGCAGAUGGCCGAUAUGGACGACGACGACGACAUUCAGACCACCGAGGUCAUCCUGGCCAUUGAGAGUAUUCCGGAGAACGGCGAGCUGCUAGUGGGACACAUGGUGCAGUGAGCGGCGGCCGGCCGGCCCUGGGACCCGGACCCGGACCCCGUCUCGGCCUGAUCAGUGCGAGACCCGACCACUGCCUGAUGAAUGGCGUAUAUUGUAUAGAGGGCUAUCGAAAACCGCUAGCGGACACCAUUUGUUAUGAUUUGGCCUGUAGAGGUUUGUAUGUGGUGAUUGACUGUCUUGGUUAUCGACUAAUCGCGGUGUCGGCCGAGGCCUAUUGUAGCGGCCACGGUCGGCGCUCCCGCCUCAGUAUGUAUGUGUGUGUGGAAUAGUUCCCGGUUCGCCAGUCGGCCAUCUUGCUGUUGAUUAGUUCCAGCAGAAGUGGCCAGGGCCGCCACGGUUGCUAUGGCAACCGCCCGUCGCGGCUCGUCUCGUCUGCAAAUAGUCCAUCGUUCCAUUGUUGUAAAUACACCGCGCUGCGUUUACUGUG